AUGAAAAAGAAAUUUGGAAUUGACAUUGGUUAUCACAAGGCAUGGCGUGCUAUUCAAAAAGAUGUUGCUUGCAUAAGGGGAACACCUGAAGAGAACUACCAGAUUCAUCCUUCAUACCUACACAUGAUGGUGUGCAAAAACCCAGGAACGUACACAAGCAUAAAAAGAGAUGGGAAGAAUAGAUUUGCUUACAUGUUCUUUGCUCCUGCGGCAUCAGUAGCGUGUUGGUCCUACUGUAGACCCGUUAUUGCAGUAGAUGCAACGUUUUUAAAGUCCAAAUAUCGUGGUGUUCUAUUUGUUGCUGUAUCAAAGGAUGCAAACAAUCAAAUCUUUCCUCUAUGUUUUGGUGUAGUAGAAUCAGAAAACAAUGAGGCAUACAUUUGGUUCUUCGGGGAAAUGAGAAAAGAAAUUCAAGUCCGUCGUGAAUUGGUUUUCUUGUCAGAUAGAAACCAAUCGAUUGCAAACGGGAUUAGAAAAGUUUUUUCUGAAGCUCACCAUGGUAUCUGCCUCUAUCACUUUGAGAAAAAUUUAAAGCAAAGACAUGAAAAAGCCACGGUAAUAAAUCUUUUUCAAAGUGCUGCAAGGUCAUACAAACGUGAAGAUUUUAAUCAGUUAAUGUCCCAACUCAAAAGUAUUGACAAGAAAACAUACAAUUACAUAACGGAAGAGCCUCCAGAGAGAUGGGCUCGAUCGUGGUUCCCACAGAGACGUUAUGAUAUGCUAACAGCAAACAUGGUAGAAUCAAUGAAUUCCGUUUUACUAAAAGGGAGAGAAAUGCCUAUUUUAAGAAUGUUAGAUUUCAUCCAAGAAAAGUUGGGAGAGUGGUUUUACGAACGGAGAAAAAAGGCAAAUGAAACUUUUCACAGUGUAUCAAUAUGGGCAGAAGAAGAGAUGACUAAGAAGAUGGACUUGACUUGUAAAAUGUUUGAAACAUGGUUGAAAACAUAUGAAGGACAUGUGAAUACCGUGGGAGAUCAAAAAUCAUGGGAUAUACCACAAAAUGUACAAUCUGGGAUCACAAAACCUCCCGAUGUAGAGAUUUUACAAGGAAUAAGACAAAAGAAGAGGCAUAUACCUGUGACUGAAUCAGUACCAUUCAAGUAUACCAAAUGCAGUUGA